AUGUCGACUGUUCCUCCUCCAUCUGCUGAUCAGGACUACAAGUCCACCCUCCUUCCCCUCCUCAUCUCCAACAAUGUCCUCUCGUUCGGCACCUACGUCUUGAAGUCCGGCCGUGAAUCGCCCUACUUCUUCACCUCUUCCCUCCUGCACACUGCACCUUUGCUGCGCGCAUCCUCUGCAGCCUACGCUAGUGUUCUCUCCGCCGAGCCUUUUGUCACCACCAACGCCGACGGCACCGCUCAGCCCAACUUCGACAUUAUCUUCGGACCCGCAUACAAGGGUAUCCCCAUUUGCGCAUCUGUCACCAACGAGCUCGCUGUGCGGGACUCCCUAUCUGGGAAGAACACCUGGGACAAUGUGAGCUACUCCUUCAACCGCAAGGAGGCCAAGGCCCACGGCGAGGGUGGAAACAUUGUCGGUGCCCCGCUCAAGGGCAAGCGGGUCGUCAUUGUGGACGAUGUCAUCACUGCUGGCACUGCACUCCGUGAGGCUGUCGGUAUCAUUGAGAAGGAAGGUGGUAUCGUCGCUGGUGUCGUUGUCCUGCUGGAUCGGGAGGAACGCGUUAGCGAUACCGAGUCCAAGAGCGCCAUCGGUGUUGCCCAACGUGAUCUCGGUGGUAAGAUCCCCAUUCGGUCUGUCAUUGGUCUCCACGACUUGAUUGAGAAGCUGGGUGAUAGCAUUGGCGCUGGUGAGAUCCAGCGCUUGAAGGAUUACCGUGAGCGCUACGGUGCCCAGUAG